CUUAGCCUUUUUAUCAGGUGAAAAUAUCAAAUUUUGGGGGUUGAAACUGCUUACUUCACACUUCACAAACAGGAAAUGAAAGUUUUAUUUUUAUUUUUUUUCACCCCCACUCUAUGAAUUUCCUGGCUCCGCCACUGUUUACGGCCGAUCGGAAGCAUCGUCCACCUCUCUCCUUCUUCUUGUCUCCCUACUGCCGUAAGGCUUGAUACAAAAUUGUAUCAACUGGUGCUCUCAUUGAUGUACUCAUGGCUGAUUCCGGAACCCCUUUUGAUUCCUUCACUCUCGCCGAUAUCAUGGGUGCUAUCGCGGAAUUGCGGAUUGAUUUGCAGACCACCAAAACGAGGGUGGUAGAACUGGCUGUGGCCAAUCGGCCAGGCACAGAACCCCAACGUCGUUGUCUGGCGCAGUUUACUCUGGGGUGGCGGCCUCCUCCUUCACACAUGACACCACCCACACUCGAACCCGCUCCACGGAUGCGGGUGGAUGCUCCUCGUUUCUCCGGUGAGGAUCCGACGGGCUGGAUUUUUAAGGUACAAAAAUACUUUGAUUACUUCCUCACCCCGGAACCGGAGCGGUUACAAUUGGUCGCCAUGCUCAUCGACCACCCCGCGUCGGAAUGGUUUCAUUAUUUCCAAGCCAAUAAUCCCAGGGCAACUUGGCCCGAGUUCUUGGAUGCGGUACAACAACGUUUUGAUUCAAGCUAUUAUGAGAAUUAUAUUGGAGUGUUAUCUAAGUUAUCACAGACCUCUUCUGUUAUGGACUAUCAAUCGGCUUUCGAAACCAUUCUCAAUAAGGUUUCGGGGGUACCCGAGGCAACUCUUAUUGCCAUGUUCAAUGCCGGGCUCAAGCAACCGGUGCGCCGCGAGGUAAAUUUACAGAACUCAUCCACCCUCGCUUCUGCUUUUGCCCUUGCCAGAGAGCUGUCGACGUGUCAUGAAGAGGCCGCGGCAUCCUAUACUGCCAGCCCCACCCCACGGAAACCCCAGAUCACAGGCCAUCCGGGGGACAAGUCUCCUCUCCCAGUGGUUCGUUUGUCGCUAGCCGAAAAGACGGAGCGCAAUAAGAAAGGGCUCUGUUGGUACUGCGAUGAAAAAUGGGUACCUGGCCAUAAUUGUAAACACCGUUUUUUGGUUCUUAUGGGCCCCGAUGAUGACGACGAGAUUAGCGGCGAUCUCCCCACAUCCAAUCUGAUCGAGGAUACAAUCACAGGGGAUGUUUCGAGCAUAUUAUCCUUGGCAGGCAGUCCUCGAUCGUUGAACAUGGCCGGCUCUAUCAAUGGUGUGGCCGUUCAAGUGUUGCUGGAUGGGGGCAGUACCCACAAUUUUUUACAUCCUGCGGUGGCCGAACGGUUGGUGUUAGUUAUACAUCCUACCCCGGCUUUUUGCGUCUACGUGGGUAAUGGUGAUUCGUUACAUUGCGCCUAUUCUUGCCCGCAGACCCCUUUAUCCCUACAAGGCCACGUUUUUGAGGUGGACCUUUAUGUUCUUUCUAUUCACGGGCCAGAUGUAGUGCUCGGCGUUCAGUGGCUUCAGACACUCGGCAAAAUAUCUCAUGAUUAUUCGGAGAUGACCAUGGAAUUUACUUGGCAGGGCCGUACUAUUACCCUGCGCGGUGACACCCCUACUCCACGUCCCAUGUCCUAUAGUCAGUUCUGUGCCCUUGCCACAUCCCCAGAGCCAUGUGAUUAUUAUGAGAUUGUCGCUGCAUCUCCUACUUCCGCCGCACAGGGGGCACUGGCCGAGCACAUCCAUGACGACGUACCGAGGCCUAUCCGGGAUAUUUUAGCCGACUUUGCAGCAGUUUUUGGCCUGCCCAGCCCUAAGGACAGAGAAUUCCUCUUUGCCGGACCUAUGGCCAUACACACGGCAGUUCAAGCUGGGUCAGCACCACCACAUAUCUCAGUUCAUGAUGGGAUCCUUUACUACGACCACCGUUUGUACAUCAGCCCCGAGUCGCCUCUUUGCCUACAACUACUCCAUGAGUUUCAUGCCACACCAACAGCCGGGCACCAGGGCGUCGACCGCACUUUUCGCCGCUUAGCUGCUAUUUUCUUUUGGCCGGGCAUGUGCCGAGCGGUGCGGCAGUUUGUAGCCUCCUGUACGAUCUGUCAAGCAACCAAAUAUUCAACUCAAAAACCCGGGGGACUCCUUCGACCAUUGCCCAUCCCCGACCGGGUUUGGGAAGCGGUGUCAUUGGAUUUCGUGACGGGCUUACCGCCGUCCAAAGGGUUCACUGCUGUCUUGGUAGUCGUCGAUCGGCUGAGUAAAUACGUCCACUUUGGGCCACUCCCAACAGGGUUUGAUGCUCCUCGGGUGGCGCUCUUGUUUGUUGAUAUCGUUGUCAAACAUCAUGGGUUUCCCCGUUCUUUGGUGUCUGAUCGUGACCUGGUUUUCAUGAGCAACUUUUGGAAGGAACUUUUGCGGCUGAGUGGGACCUCCUUGAAGUAUUCAACAGCCUAUCACCCACAGACCGAUGGCCAGACCGAAAGUCUCAACCGCCAUCUCGAGCAAUACCUGCGGACUUUUGUUUCUGAACGACCAUCCAGAUGGGUAGUGCUUUUACCAUGGGUAGAAUUGGCUAUUAAUUGUACCUAUAACGAGGUACCUGGGGUCUCUCCGUUCGAAGUUCUCUAUGGCAGAUCACCGACAUCCCUUUUUCCCACACUGUCAGUCCGUGCUCGGGUACCCGCGGCCGAGGAAUUAUUGCGUGAGCGGGCUGCCCUCUUGGAGGAUUUGAAGCUUCAAUUGAAGAAAAUGCAGCAGCGGAUGGGCGCACAAGCUAAUCAUCACCGGCGGGAGGUGGUAUUCAACGUCGGCGACAUGGUGCUCCUUCGGCUACAACCCUAUCGCCAACACUCCUUGGCACGUCCUGGUUCGUCCAAAUUAGCGAGGCGUUUCUACGGGCCCUUUGAAAUUUUGGAAUGGCGGGAUGGCGGGACCGUGCUGCCCUCCUUACCUCUGGAAUUCGUCAAAGGCCGACCACUGUCCACCCCAAUCGCAGCUUGGGAUAGGCGGCAGGUGCUUGUCAAUGGGGCGCCACGAGAGGAAUGGCUCGUCCAGUGGUCGGAUGGCACACUAGCAGAAGCUACUUGGGAGCCGGCUCAAGAACUCAUCACUGCAUUUCCAGAUUUACGCCUUGGGACAAGGCUAUGGCUAAGCGGGGGGAGUUGAUACGGGCCCAAACGUGGAUGGGUCAGGCAACGAACACGCUAAACGUCCAACUAACGAGCAAGGCCUACCAACGGGGGAGUCGGACGUGGCGAAUGCGAACAACACCAACGAGACUUCUACUUCGAGCCGACCGCGUCGUAACUUUGGGCCACCCCAACAUUACCGAGAUUAUGUUUAGUUAUUUUCUCUUUUAUUUAUUGUAACGUAGAUUUUUCCUAGGUGAGAAUUUAUAAGCUCCUUCGAGGGUUUCUUUUCGGUUCUUUACCUCGAUGCAUUUUUUGAACCGACAGGGUAGAACUAAUAUUA